AUGGCUGGACUUACUGGCUUUACGGAUAAUCCGUUCCAAUCUCGCUCCGACCUCUCUCGCGCAGCUACAGCGUUGAUACAACCACUUAUUCCAUACAGGUCAUCGACCGGUGCCCGUGUGAAGAUCAGACCAUCCACCUUUGCGGCUUUUGACGAUGUUGCCGCCCAACUUGAGGGAUUUGCACGUCCUCUUUGGGCGAUCACUGCUAUUCUUGAGAAUUCAACUUCGGGUGCUUUAGGUUUCGGAUCAUGGCUGAGUGGGCUUCAGGCUGGUGUUGAUCCCGGAAGUGCCGAUUUUUGGGGCGAUGUUGGACCUUGCGACCAGCGCAUGGUUGAGAUGGAGUCGAUUGCCUUUGCACUUCUGACCGCACCAGAAGACGUGACAGCCAUGCUGAGUGAAGACUCGGGGGAGAACCUCAAGAACUGGCUUUUACAGAUCAACCACCACGCCAUGCCAAAGAACAAUUGGCGUUGGUUCCGAGUCCUCGUCAAUCUGGCCUUAUCCAAGGUACUUGGGGUACCACACAGUGAGCUCAAACAAAGAACCGACCAAGAUUUUGCUCUUCUCGAUCAGUUCUAUCUUGGAGAAGGAUGGUCCUCGGAUGGAGUGUGGGGAGACGAAAGGAAGCAGGCCGACUACUACUCUGGCAGCUUUGCAAUACAAUUUGCUCAGCUACUCUACGUAUGUUUCGCACAGGGAGAUGAGGAGAGGGUCGAGCGGUAUCGCCAGCAGGCAAGGGAAUUUUCGACCCGAUUUUGGCGAUAUUUUGAUGUCAAUGGCGCCGCAAUCCCUCACGGACGCAGCAUGACAUACAGGUUUGCCUUUGCUGCCUUCUGGGCCGCCGUUGCCCUGGCAGAUAUUCAACUCCCCGCCCCAAUGGAUAGCCCUGGAUCCGUCAAGGGAAUGCUUUUGCGACAUCUUCGAUGGUGGGCCAAGCAUCCGGACAUAUUCAACUCAGACGGCACUCUAACUAUUGGCUUUACGUAUCCCAACAUGUACCUCUCCGAGGACUAUAACUCGCCGCAAUCCGUGUAUUGGUGCCUCAAGAGCUUUGUGGUUCUUGGCGUCCCUGAAUCUCAUCCAUUUUGGACUUGCGAGGAGCAACCACAUCCAAUGGCAGCUCUCACUAUCCCCAAACAGCUACAGGCACAGGCGUUGAGCCUGGUACAAGUUAACUGGCCCCCGAGACACAUUCUAUGCACUUCUCCAGAGCACCAUUUCCUCUUAUCUUCAGGCCAAAUGACUACAAAAAGUUUCAAAGCGAGAGAAGCCAAGUAUGGAAAGCUUGCGUACUCGUCGGCGUUUGCCUUUAGCGUACCAACCGGUCCAUCCUUGCAUCAAAUGGCCCCCGAUAGCACAUUGAGCUUGAGUCUUGAUGAUGGCGAGACAUGGAGAGUCCGAUGGAAGCCAUUCAACGUUCGAAUUGAACCCUUGUCCCUCGAUAUGGGGCAGGGGAUACAGGAGACAGUGCCAUCGCUUGUGAGUGUGUGGAAACCGUUCACCUACCUUAACCUCGAGAUCGAGACCACUCUCAUCCCAGUGGUGCAACACUUCCCGGGCUGGCACAUCCGGGUACAUGAAGUACGAGGCCUGGAGUCGUCAGCGGACGUACCGUGGUGCACAAAUGUUCAGGUCAUCGAUGCAUCCUUUGCAAUCUCGGCACUCACCUCAGCUGGAUAUCAUGUCCCUCAACUACCCGCCCCUCCAUCAAAAGAUUCCUGUGUUGGGUCGUGGAAAGCCCAGUCAAGUACUUUGGUGAUGUCAAAAGCUGGAGCAAGCGGCAUCAUAGAUUUGACCAGUCCUGAAAUCUGCUCAAACCCCAAACUUGGAGGGGCCAUCCUGCCGCGAGCGAGCAGCAAAGGGUUUCUUAUCGAGGCAGAUCCAAACACCAACUUGAUCUCACAAAGAACCUUUAUUCCAUCCAUAAAGCAUUGCUUUGAAAUGGAUUCCACAGCUACGGUAGAAAGUGCUGAGAAAAGAGAAAGGCUAAAUCAAGUCGUGGUAUCAGGAGUAUUCGCAGCAUCGUCUUUGAACCUACAGCAAUCGCAAAUCAACCAGUUUUGGAAUCGAAGACCACAAAUAAAGUUGGACAGCCUGGGAAAAUGGAGCGUUGGGGUUGAAUAG